AUGGAGAGGAUCCACAGCAAGUGGAGGCGUCGACAAUCAGCGGCCAGUGAGGACAGCAUGGUUUUGAGGUAUGAGCACUGGGGUAUGUUCCAUAGUUUGAAGAACCAUAAAAAAUCAUUCCACAAACAUUUCCCAGCUAUUUCAGAAACGGAGAGUUUGAUCAAUGUUUUCACCUGUGCCCUUCAAAAAGAAGUGCUCUACCAUGGCAAGAUGUUUAUAUCAGACCAGCGUGUUUGUUUCCACUCUUCAGUUCUUCUAAAAGAGACAAAGGUUGAAAUUGAUUUAUCUGAGAUCCAGUUUAUAAAGAAGAAGAAUACAGCACGGGUCGUACCCAAUGCCAUCUCCAUCACCAAGAGUGGCGAAAAAUACCUGUUUGGGUCACUACUGAAUCGAGAUGCAUGUUUUAAAUUCCUGCAGACCAUAUGUCCCCAACUUAAGGUUAUAAGUGCCAAUGGCAGCCCUCAAGUAUCCUCUGCAGACAACUUCUAUGAACUGGAAGCUGACGCGAUUUCAAGUUACUCCAGUCAGGAGGACAGUGCGGACAGUCAAUGCAUUUCUGUCCUAGAGAGGGAUAAGAAGAGGGGCAGAAAUGUGCUUCAUCCAUCAUCAAGCUCCAAAAGCUCCCAUGCCCAGACAAAGAGUGGUUCAACAACACAGAGCAAUACCAACAGAGAGGAGAACACGGCUGUCUCCUGGGUGACCAUGGUAACCAAGAAGAUCAAAUCCCUCCUCUCCACAAGCAGCACAACCAACGUCAACAAAGUCCUCGUCAUCUACUUGAUAUUAGCGAUGCUCCUACUCCUGUCUUCCGGGUACAUCGGUCUGCGCAUUGCAGCUUUGGAAAAGCAGCUGAAUACACUGGGAGAAAACCCUGAGUUCAGCCUACAGAAAGAGUACAGAGAAACGUGACCCCUGAAGAGACUAAAAGACUGAAGGAGGACAAUAAAGGAUCGUUAAGAAAAGCCUGAUCCAGACGGCUCAACAUCCAGUCAGCAGCACCACUUACAAGUUACCACAAGUAAAAUAACCACAUGGACAAUAUUAAUACAAUAUACAUAUUCCAGAAAUGACAGUGACAAGACCUUCUGAAGUCUGAUACAUUAUACUAGUGAAAAGACAUUACAAUCAGUACGACUGUAAAACAACAUCAA